CAUCCAUGCUCCCAAAAGCCCCGCAUUUUUACUGUUCAACUUCCACUUUUCCAGAACGGCAUCGUGCGAGGAGAUGGGAUCCGCUGCCGCGGUCCUUGCUCCCGGCGCCGGCGAGGGCGGCGGAGGACGACGACGAUGCGAGCGGCGACGAGAGCGGCGACAACGCGAGCGGCCACGAGAGCAGCGACGACACGAGCGGCGACGACGCGACCCUCGGCCGCGAGUUCGUGACCGCGAUCGCCGAUUUUUUAGGCGAAUUAUUCACGAAUCUCGAAUAAUUUACGAAUAAUAAUUUUUGAGGAAGAAAUCACAGUUUUUUUUUUGAAUUUUUCAGAAAAAUACGAAAAUUGCAGUUUAAUUCGUAUGUAAAAAAAUCGCCGUUUAAUUCGCGUAUUAAACGCGAAUUAAAUAAGUAAGGUUUCCCCCCACGUUCCGCCUCCUCUCCGCUGUCUACAGUGUAAUAAUUUCCAUUUAAUCCCUCUCAUUCUUUCCCCAAACUGCUCCAAAUUUCCCUUCUGUCUCUCUAAUUCCUUCAAUUGUCACUCUCUCAAAGACUCCAAAUUUCCCUUCUGUCUCUCUAAUUCCUUCAAUUGUCACUCUCUCAAAGACUCCAAAUUCUCCAAUUCCCUUGAGAGACAGGACUGGUCCGUGCCCGCAUCAUCCUCCGCAAUCCCUGUCUCAGAGCAAUCUCAUCAUCGACGGGUUGCAGAUCGUCCAGUUGUUACUAUGCUCUGCUGCCCCCAAAGCCCUAGUUGCAGGAUGAGCGGGCGCGGGCGACAACAGCGAGACGAAGAAGAAGUAGAGGAGAAGGCGGCGGAGGCGCAUGUGGCCUCGGCGAGGUGCGGCGCGGCGUAUCGGGCGCUGUGUGAGUGCCAUGGGCGCGUCCGCGACCGGCUGCAGCGGAAGGUGUUGUGCCGGCACUUGAACCGCGCCCUGGCGGAAUGCAUGGUCUCGUCCUGUUGCCCCGAGGAGGCAGAGGCCGUGCGCGCCCUCUGCAGCAGCGCUGGCACCUCCCUCAAGCGAUCCCAGUGCGAACGUGCCCAGUUCGCCCUCGCCUUCUGCCUCUCGUCCCACCAACAGCAAUAAUUCACGCCCGAUAGGAAGUGAGACCCUAACUUGGAAUUGAGCAUGUAUGAACCUAAUUGGGGAUAAAGUAAACGCGUUGGCGAAGUCGGUUCGGUAAUCCAUCGAGCCUACGCGAAGAUAGGGCCAAAAGAACGUUUUCGACUUCAAAUAGCAUGAACACGGAUCGCGAUCCUUAAGUGACUACGGGAAGUGGAUUUUUCACGUUCCGGUAUCGAGUAAAGGUGGGUUGUGCUUUACCGAAGUGAUUAGGUCACUUCCAUGCCAAAGUAAAUCGUGGUUUCAUUUGAUGCAUAUAUGAAUGUAAUUGGCGAAAUGUGAACAUAGAUGCUAAAGUAUACAUAAUUGUUGACACAUGAAAGCGAAUAUUUGAUGCAUAUGUCUAAACAUGUAUGAAAGUGAAUGUAUUAUAGUUCAAGCUAUAUGAAUAUCGAUAGUUCUAGUUGAUUAGAAACCUCGAUGAUAACAAGGUAAAUGAGAAUAUUCAAACUAUGAACCUAGGCAAGAAUACCUAGGAUGACAUAUUGAUCGAGUGGCAUGAACCUAAGUUGAAAAAGUUGGACAUUAUAUAGGUCGGACAUGAACCUAGUGUCAUUGGACAUAGGUCGAGUAAGUAAACCUAAAGUUGCGAUCUAGGUGAAAUGACAUAGAACCUAGUGUGAUUGGAUACCUAGAUUAUGACAUAUAGUGACACUUAGUAAAGUUGGACUAAGUUAUGGAUUAUAGUGGUAGAAAGACCACAUAACAAUGAUUGGUUUAGACCUAGAAAGGUCGUUGACAUAGGGUAAAAGAGUAAACUCUUAAGUUGUGGAAAUGGAUUCUGGAAUCCUAAGACCUGUGAUGACCUUGGUAUCAAGGCUAGGGCGUGUGUGACGAUUUCACCGCCGAGGUGGAUACCAAGGGAGGAUUGGGUGUGUGCGCAGAGUUCACCACCCGGAGGCUUGAACCAUUGUUCGGCGUGUGCGACGAUUUCGCCGCCAGAUGGUUAACCAGUAUGUGGAUUAUGCCGCCAGAGAUUGACUUGAACCCUUGUUCGGCGUGUGCGACGAUUUCGCAGCCAGAUGGUUAAGUCAAUGAGUGCGUGCCAGUGCGCGAUAGUUCGCGAAUGAUUGACUCGAGGCCGAGUCGGGUGGUUAGCUUGAUUAAGGUAAAUGACACCUUAGAAGCUAGUGUGGUAUGAGCUUUGGAUAGCAAGAUAGAAAGUAGGAUCAGUAGAUCUACUUUUAUAUUGUUGCAUAAUUUGCAUAGUGCAUAUCGUGAGGCAUACAAGUUUUAAUAUCUGCAUAGAUUAUUAUGGUUAUCUGUUGGACUAACAUGUUUCAGUACCUCCUUUGGACCUGGUGGGUCGAGCUUUUUCCUUGGGUGGCCGUACCCACUAGGAACUAUAUUUAUAUAGUUCUCACCCCCGUGUUGUUUUUGGGGGUACAUGUUCGCAUGUGAGUGGCGCGGCGACGCGAGGACAGGGCGUAGCUCCAUAGAUAGUGCCCUACCACUGGGACAGAGAUAGCAGUACCUUGAAGUGGUCUAGCAUCAGAGUUCAGAGUAUAAAUUGAAAGAAACAAAUUUAUAUUAUUUUGUAUAAGUUGUAAUAAUCCCAAUAUAUUCUUAGUAUUGUAAAAUGUAAUAAAUAUCUGAGAUGAAUGCUUGUAAUAGCAUAGUUAGCAUUUUAUGUUUUUGAUA